AUUUGUAGCAUUUUUAUGGCAGACAUUUUUGAAAUACGACGUCAUUACAAAGACAGCCCUUAACAGCACACAGUGUCCAUACUUGAUCAACCCAUGACAUUCAUUAAAACUGGUAUUUUAUUUGACGAAGGAAUUAUUGUCUAACGGUAAUGAUGCUGUAUGAAACUAACUCCACAGUUGUCUAAUUGAAGGACAAAAAUCUCCCUCACCCCCACCAGAGAGAGCUUGCUGCUGGCGAGACAUUCGAUUCAUAGCUGCAAAAUGGCCGACCGUCAACCAACUGACUUUCCAGCGCUUUAAAAACGAAUUCUUCUGCACAUUAGCUAGGUUUACAUUAUCAUAGUACUUACUUAGAAAUCAAGAGCACCAACAAGUAUAUUUCUUUGUUAGCCACAUAACGUUACCUCAUUAUUCGUUUAGGGGCUGUUGAUUUUCAAGUAGCCUCGAAUGACAAAAAAAAAAAACGAGGAUUUCGCACUGAAGCACUUCAGUCACAGAUGAAAGAGGAAAUAAUCUUAGCUUUAGUUAGCUAGCUCUAUUUCAUAUGUGAUUCCUGAGAAAGGAGUAUCAGGAAAGGGAACAGUAGUUCAUGGAAGACAAGAAAAGGAAGAAAGACGACAAAAGGAAAAGGGAAGCAUCUCAGAAGGUUGCAGAGCAAAAAAACAAAGUGCCAGAAUUGACCAAGCCCUUGUCCACCCAGUCUCCUGCUGCCCCCAGCUCUGCUUCCCCCAGCCCUGGACCCACACCCUCGGCAUCCUCCUCCCCUGCCACCGCGGCUGCAGGCGGCGCCCCCCCUCAGGGCGGGAACAAUGCGAAGCGGCCGGCGGUGGCCAGCGGACAGCCCCCCACAGCAGGCACCCAGGCCCCCCAGCGCUACAUGCCCCGCGAAGUGCCCCCGCGAUUCCGCUGCCAGCAAGACCACAAAGUGCUACUGAAGAGGGGCCAGCCGCCGCUGUCCUCAAUGCUACUGGGUGGAGGGGGCGGAGGGGGAGACGGCCCCAACGCAACCAUGGCUGCUGCCUCAGAUUCUAGUCCAGGCUAUGUGGGUCCAGCUGCACCCUCACUGCCCCUCACCUCAUCCUCCUCAUCAAUCGCUGCUUCUUCUACUACUUCUUCCAAUUAUGCAAAUUCCACGUGGGGGGUUGGCUCUGGCAGCCUUCCCCCCUCUCAGGGCAGGGAGAAGGUCAUCGUGGACGGCUCGGACCUGGAGGAAUGGCCUAGCAUUGCCGUUGGCGACGGGAACGGAGCAGGAGGAGGUGAAGCUUCGGGGACAGGAAGUGGUAGUGCUUCGUCGGGUGAGGGCGGUGGUGGAGUGCCGAACAGCAGUGCCUCGUGGAAAGGUGGCGAUCCUGGCAGUCCCCCAUCACCCACUUCCUCGUUCUCAAUGCCCAAUGAAUGUAUGCUGUCCGUCAGUGUGGUGUGGGGAUCUGCUGCCUCACAGGGUCCUCCAGGGGCAUCAUUGCCCUCCAUUCCCAAAGCCUCCCCUCUGCCAGUGGGCCCUGAUGGCUCCCUUGGUGGCAGUGGGGUGAUCCCUGGUGCCAACUUCAACCCAAAUGCCAACCCUUCCGCCUGGCCUGCCCUGGUGCAGCAGGAUGGGGCUGGGGCAGCUUCCUCUGAGGGUGCCCCCCCCCCUUCCCUUCUCCAGAGCCUGGCUGGGUGUCUCUCUGCCCCGGGUCUGGGGAACCCACCUCUAGCUGUGAAUCAAUCCGCUCAUCAGCACCAACUUCACCAAAUGCAACCCAGAGACAGAGAGCACCAGUCGGACGGGGGCUGGGGUGGAGCGGCACUGGAGACCGGAGCAGGACCAAAAAACGUGGGGACAGGGGAGGGAGCCAAUAUAGACUGUGGGGGAGGAGGCAACGGGGGAGACAAUCUCUCUGCUUCCCAAACCUCUUCCUCCUGGGGAGGCCAGCCUUUCCCCGCUGCUAACUCCAAAACGGGUGCCUCAAGGACUGAUGGUUGGGAAGGGGGAGCUGCUGAGGGUGGUGGAGGCUCGCGGUGGGGGUACAGCGCUCAGGGGGGUAAUGGAGGGAAAGCCUGGGGCGCUGGAAGUGGGGGUAACACUCAGACCGCCGGGGUAUCUCAGGGAGGGUGGGGAGGAGGAGAGCGAGGGUCUUCAGUUGGAGACUGGGGAGGUAAUUCAGGUGGGGUGGGUGGAAGUGGUGGAGUUGGCAAUUCAGGAGGGGAGGCUGGUGGUGGUGUCGGCGGCCGCAGCAGUAGCAGCAGCAGCAGCGGGGGCAGUAUCGGCAACCCCCCUGCCGCCGCCUCUUCUCCCAAAUCAUCCACCACUACGACAAGAGCUUUGGACAAUCAGAAGGGAGUUGGAGUGGGGGACGGAGGGGCAGAGGGGGACACAGGGGAGUGGGGGGGGGGCCGGGGUGGAAGAGGUCAUUCUUCAUCCAGCGGUGGAGGAAACUCCAGAGGUGGCGGCAAUCACAAUCAACACCAUGGGUAUGGCCACCACCGGUAUUCCCACCCCCCACCACCCAACCCUGAAGUGGCCUUACAGGCAAUGCUCAGCCGCAAUGACCUGGACCCGCGCGUCCUCUCCAACACGGGCUGGGGCCAGACCCAGAUCAGACAGAACGUGGCCUGGGACCUGGAACCAGGAAAAGGAGGUUCUGGGUUGUCUGCUUCAUCCAAAAACUCUCCACCUCCCAUUGGUCCGUCUUCUCAGUACUCCACUGGCUCUGCUACAACUACUGAUUCUCCUUCCCUUCUCCCUGGCUCAGCUCCCAACCUGAACUCCAACCCUUCCCUGGGGACCUCUGGUGGCUCUGGGGAGGGCUGGGAGAGUGGUGGUAACAGCAGCAGCGGUUGCAGCAACUCCCUACCCAACCGAGGACCACCUCACCCGGGAUCCAACAUGAGGAAUCCUUCUGGUAUCACACAAUCUGCGUCAAUGACCACUGGAGCAGGUAUGGGAGGAGGAGGAGGCCUUGGACCAGGCCAGGGGAAGCCUACAGGAGGCUGGGGUGGGGUAGGACCAGGGGAGAGCCAAGGAAAAGGAUGGGGGAACGAAGGAUCAGAGUGGGGUGGAGGGAGGGAACGUAGUAGUAGAGGAGGAGGUGGUGGUGGUGGUGGUGGAGGAGGAGGGUGGGGAGAUAAUGGACAACAGGGUAACCAAGGUGGAGGUGGUGGUGGCUGGGGAGGCAGCCAGGAGGAGAAGGGGACAGGAGGAGGAUGGAAGGAGAUGGGGAGGGAUGGAGGAGGGUGUGGUGGACAGAGGGAGAGGGGUGGGGGGGACUGGGGAGAGCGAGAGGCCAAAUCAAGCAGUGGAGGAGGAGGAGGAUGGGGAGAGGAAAGGAAAGGUGGGGGAGACUCAGAAGUCGGUACGUGGGGUAGCUGGGACGAGGGAGCCCCGAGGAGAGCCUGGGGGGCAGGAGGUACAUGUGGAGGAGGGGCAGGUGUGGACAUGGGAGGCAACAAACCCCACCAGGGGCGUUGGGGUGGAGGGGGGGGUGGGAAAAUGCACCCGUCACAGAUGCCAAACAGCCAGACAGCCUCUCUGAAAGGCCCCAUGGCACAAAAGCAGCAGCACCAAUCACAGCCCCAGCAGCAGCCGCUACCGCAGCAAGCGCUGGACCCAGGGGACAUGCAAGGAGGAGGGGGCUGGGGGAGACCAUCGGGCCCCCAGGCCCAAAACCAAAGCAGCUCAGGCUGGACGGCCGGACCCAUCCCCAGCGGUCCUAAUGGAGGGGAGGGGCCGCAGUCCAGCGGGUGGGAGGAACCUUCACCACAAUUCAUUAGCAGGAAGAUGGACAUUGACGAUGGGACGUCGGCUUGGGGAGACCCCAGCCAGUUUAAUAACAAGGCUGUCAACCUGUGGGAGAAGAACGGUGUUCCCGCUGGUCAGCAGCUGCCAAUGCACGGCCAGGGACCAGGACCACCGCCCCAACAGCAGCAGCCUGGGCCUCCAGCUCUACAGCAGCAACCUGGGCCUGGGAGGCAGCCCACUGGGAUGGGAGGCAGAGACAUCAACCCUGGCCAUGGACCUGGACCUGGGAAAGCUCCAGGGAUGGCUCCAUCGUCUGGCUGGGAUGGUGGCUCUCCCUCAGACCCCCCGGUGGACAACGGCACCGCAGCCUGGGGGAAGCCCACUGAGACCCCCACCGGCUGGGGAGACCCUGGGGAGGAACCUGGGAAGAACACCUCUGGCUGGGGAAACCCCUCACCCAACCCCAUCAAAUCUGCAGGUUCAAAGUCUAUGCAAGAAGGAGGCUGGGGUGAGGGAGACCAGGGCUCGGUGGCGGCCUCGCGUCACUCCAGCUGGGAGGAAGAGGAGGAGGGAGGAGCAGGGGUGUGGAACAGUGUUGGGUCCCAGGGCAGCAGCUCCUCCUACAACAGUGGGGGCUGGGGCCAAGGUCACGGGGGCAAGAAGCCCAACAACAAGGCUCCCCUGAAGAGUGGAGGAGGAGACUCCUGGAUGAACCCCAUGAACAAACAGUUCUCCAACAUGGGGCUCCUGGGUGAUGAUCCUAGUGGGCGGCCUCUGGACUUGGCCCCUGGUCCUCCUCAGGAUAAGAAGAUGGAAGGAGAGAAGCGAGGGAUGGGUCUGAAUGACUAUAAUGGAGAGAUGCGUAAAGGAGGGCAGAGAGCCAUGGGAGGAGGAGGGAUGGUCUACCGUUCACCUGGUUCCAAAGAGAUGGGGCCUGGCGACCCUGGGCCUUACUAUGACAAGCAGACCUUGCCUUUCACCAAUCAGGAUGGGUGCCUUGGGGAGGAGUACUCUCCACCCUCUGUCUACAAGCCCUCCCCCCUCUACAACCACACUAUCCCCCCUAGACAAGGUGGUCAUAACAUGUUUGGCAGCAGCGGUGGUGGGAUGCCCCCGUCCAGACACCAGCCCGGUGUGCCACCCAUAAACCCGUCCGCAGGGAUACGAGCACAAGUGCCUCAUCAGUUCCUGUCACCUCAGGUGCCAGGUUCUGUGCUGAAGCAGAUGCCGCCUCCCAACGUGGGUGGAGUCGGAGGUGUGGGUGGGGUGGGGGGUGUAGGAGGGGGCGUGUUCCCCCCUCAGCUGUCCCCCCAGCACAUCGCCAUGCUGAGCAGCAUCUACCCCCCGCACAUCCAGUUCCAGCUGGCCUGCCAGCUUCUCCUCCAGCAGCAGCAGCAGAACCCCCAGCAGCAACAGCUCACCUCACCACAGCAGCUCCAACAGCUCCUACAGAACCAGAGGAAGUUCCCCCAAAACCCACGCCAGCAGGCCGACCCACAACAGUUGGCCAGGAUCGUGGCUAUUCUCCAGCAGCAGAGGCAACAGCAGCAGCAGGGCGUCGGCGGGGUGGGAGUGGGCUCCAAACUGUCCCCCUCUCACCUGGGAGGGGGAGGCCCAAAACUGCCUAUGGCAGACUCCCUGCCCCAUCCAGGCAUGGGGGGCUCUGUGGACCUGCACCAGAAAACACAGGGCUACUCUGGGUACAGUGGAGGAGUGAACAUGUCUGGUCUGGACAUGGGGGGCUCGGUGGUGGGGGGCCCAGGGGGCAUGAAGGAUGUGGGGGGGCAGCAAUCCCGCUUCAAAUGGAUGAUGGAGGGUCAUUCUCCUGCCCCCUCCCUUCCUGAGAGCCUCCACAAAAACGGUCCUAUGUCCACCCCUAUGAGGAGGGGUGGCUCGCCAUACUCCCAGUAUGACAUGAUGGUAGGGGAGGGGCUAGGUAUGCCCACACAGGGGGACAACUGGCACCGUACUCCUGGGAACAAGAUGAGCUCCAAGCCCCAGGGCACGUCCAGCUGGCCUCCUGAGUUCCAGCCCGGCGUGCCCUGGAAGGGGAUCCAGAGCAUCGACCCCGAGUCUGAUCCCUACAUGACCCCAGGGAGCAUGAUGGGAAUCCCUGGGCCGUCCAGCCUCAAUGACACAGAGCACCAGUUGCUAAGAGACAACACAGAACCCAACCCCUCCCUGAACACCUUGCUGCCUUCACCUGGUGCCUGGCCCUACAGUGCCUCAGACAGCCCCCUCAACAACGCACACAACUCAGCAAAUUACACAGAGUAUAAGACCAGCUGGCCCCCUGAGCCCAUUGGACACAACAAGAUGUGGAAGACCAAUCGCAACCAACAGUCCCAGCAGCUGCCACGCCCACCCCCGGGACUCACCAAUCAGAAGCAGGCCUCGCCGUCCCGUGGCCCAUGGCAGGCCCGUGGCUGGGGCAGCUCGAGUGGGAUCCAGGAAACCAGAUAUGGCCCUGGCUCUGCUUGGAGUGAUGGGGGGACCUCCAGAGGAAGCUGCUGGCUGGUGCUCUGC